AUGUUCGGUGUUAAACCAUGGCAAGCGGUUCGUAAUCAUGAUGUGAUUCUGAAGUUGGAAGCUGACGAGCGUUUGGCGAAACCAGAGAAUUGUCCUAAAGUUCUGUACGAUUUUUUAAGGCGCAUGUGGGCAUUUGAUCCAGAUGAACGGCCGAAUAUCACCGAGACAAAUCGCUUUCUCAACUACCUGCUCGAUCAAAUCGACUGUCGUGUUCCGUUCAGCGAACUUCGAGCACCCUCUAAAGAGGUUGGUUACGUUUCGUACCCAUCCAACUCAUUAUUUGCUUAUCAUGAUUCAUCCGUCGAGACAUCCACGGAAGAGCCAAUCCUCAACGGUAACGCUAACAAGUCGGCACCGAUUCUGAAUGUUGACGCAUCUGCAGUGGCGACUUCGACUUUAUGGAGGGCAUUAGAACAACAACGAAUUCAGAGCGAAGAGGACGAAAAAUGGCUGGAAGAAGAGGAGGAGAAAUUGCUUCCUCUGCCCAAUAUCUCUACGUCAAGAACGUUCGAUCAUUUGAACUCAUUGUCCGGAAGUCGUCCACUUCUCGACGAUCACGGUGUAUUACCGCAGGGAUACGAAUUCGACAGGAGUGAGGACAAUGUCCAUCAGUGCGUUUUUGAUGUGGUCGGUGCGGUGUCGAGUCUCUCGAAGGCGUUCACGUCUUCGAUGAGCACACCUGAAUUCGUUGCGCUCGUUAAGAAUAUAACAAAUCAGUUGAAGGCGUUAUUCGAAGAGUCAUCGAAGUGCCUGAAGACACUGCAACCUGUCGAUCAGUGUCAAGUACAAUUGGUCGAAACCCUGCUUGGUUCGGAUAUGCGCAAUAUGGCCAGUAAUAUGCGCAUUGCUCUGGAUCAAACUGCUUCUGAAGAUGAAAAUGAACAAGCUCGUCGUGAAGUGUUGAAAACAGCGCAUCAACUCGCUUUCAACUGUAAACAUUUCCUGGAGUCCGUGGAUAGUGCCCGUUUGAGGAGUAAUGUGGCUAAAUUGCGCAAAACUUCUUCGAGCUUCACUGCAAGGAGCCAACGGAUUUAA